UCUCCCUCCUUCCGCGUGGAGUCUCUCUUUCUGUCUCCUCUUUGAGGAAGUGCGGUGGAGAAAUCUCCUUAAGGACUUUGUUAGAUGCACUUUCUUCUCCACCGUAGUUCUCAGAGGAGGGCUACCGCGCGUACCCGACACGCGCAGUCCUUCACCUCCUCCACCACCUGGUACCGCCGCUGCCUCGGUCUCGACCCUUAAACGACCAAGUACACAAUCAAUAAGACAAUAACUCUCUUGUACAGUUGGUACUGAAAUCAGACACAAAAAAAUACAAACAAGGAAAGAAUGCAGAUUAAGCAGCACAAGAAGAUCAAGAACAACAACAACAGUACUGGUGGUGAUCAUGGUCAUAGUCAUAGUGAGAAAAGGAGGUUGUUGAUAACUGUCAACGUUCUUGGAAGUGCGGGUCCGAUGAGAUUCGUGGUGAAUGAGGAUGAUGUGGUGAGUUCAGUCAUAGAAACUGCUCUCAGAUCAUACGCAAGAGAAGGAAGGCUUCCUCUUCUUGGUACUCACUCCAAUGAUUUCCUUCUCUACUGCGCCAAUGCAGGAUCUGAUGCUUUAAGUCCGUUGGCACAGAUAGGGUCUCAAGGAGUGAGGAACUUUAUGCUAUGCAAGAAGCAGAGGCAGCUGCAAGUGACAGAUAGGAAGCCAUCAGAUUUAAUUGCUCAGAAGGGAAUCAGUUGCUGGAAAUCAUGGCUUAACAACCCAUUUACUUUUAAGUUACUAUCCCAUUGA